GUAACUCUGUGUAGCAGAGCUUUCAUGCAUGAAACUAGACGUUGGUGGAUAAAUCGUGAAUUCAUGACUCCGUCCUCUCUGACCUGGAAUCAGGAAUAGAUUUUUGUUAGUUUUUUUCCCCUUUUCUCUUGGUCAGUGCUGUUGUGAUUUAGUGGAUUCUAAACAAAGGCAGCACCAUGCAAGAUGCUCACCUCACUAAUGAGACGUGCAGGAAUGGCUCUGUGGUGAGGCUGUGGUGUGGCUCCCAGUCUGCAGUGUGUGUGGUUACUGGAGAUCAUACACUCACCACAUCCCACACACACCUCAGCAACUCCACACACACAUUAGAUCUGCUGACCAGCACCACUGAAUACAACUUGUGGCUUGGUCUGACUCUUGCUCUGCUGUCCGCCUUUCUGAUUGGUGGGAGCGUCAUUCUCAAGAAGAAAGCCCUUCUCCGGUUGGCCAACAACGGAGAGACCAGAGCAAGUGAUGGAGGGCAUGGCUACCUAAAGGACUGGCUAUGGUGGGGAGGCCUGCUAACCAUGGGAGGCGGGGAGGCCUGUAACUUUGCAGCCUACAUGUUUGCUCCGGCCACGCUGGUUACUCCACUGGGUGCUCUGAGUGUCCUCAUCAGUGCAGUUCUGUCCUCCUACCUGCUGGGGGAGAUGCUGAACGUGGUGGGGAAGCUCGGCUGCCUGCUGUGCAUCCUGGGAAGUGUCCUGUUGGUCAUACAUGCCCCGCAGGAGCAGGAAGUGACAUCACUACAGGACAUGACUGGCAAGCUGCUGGAGCCUGGCUUCCUGGUGUACAUCUCCUUGGUCCUGUUGCUGUGUGCGGUGCUGGUGUUGUACUGCUCUCCUCGGAUUGGUCGCUCCAACAUCCUGGUCUAUAUCAGCAUCUGCUCGCUGCUGGGAGCUUUCACCGUCUCCUCUGUGAAAGGACUGGCCAUCGUCAUCCAGACUGUCGUCUCUGAUGCUUCAGUGCUCGCUUAUCCUCUCACCUGGAUCCUGCUGUUCGUGCUCAUCAUCUCCAUUGUGACACAGGUAAACUACCUCAACAAGUCUCUGGACACCUUCAACACCCUGUUGGUCUACCCCAUCUACUACGUCCUCUUCACCUCCGUGGUGCUCUGCACCUCCAUCAUCCUGUUCCAGGAGUGGAGGAGCAUGGCCCCCGUGGACAUUGUCGCCACGCUGGGUGCCUUUGCUGUCAUUGUGGUGGGCGUGGCCAUGCUGCACCUCUUCAAAGAGCUGCAGUUGACGGUGCAGCAGCUGACCAAUCAUCUGUCUCAGCCAGUGGAGAGGGAAGGGCUUGCGGAGGAGGUGUCAGUAGGAGGGGAAGGAGGAAGACAGAGUAAAAAAGAGGAUAAACAUGGAUUGAUUGACAACAUAAUGAUUGAGAGUCUGCCGCCUAUGAGGGAGGAGGGGCCGCGAGUCUUCAUCAUUAGCUAACACACACCAUAUGACAUGACAGCUGAUCUUGGCGGCCCAGACAGUCCCAAACAAACAGUCAAGAUCAGUGUGAGAACACUGUGUCAGCGCACCAUGUCCCAAUGUCCCAAUGCAACGAUGCACCAAUGCACUCUGGGACCAUCUAUGUCCAUAUCAUUUUUUGUAGCUCAUGUACUGAGAGAAUGAACCAAUCUGACACACUGGCCAAUCUCAUUGCCGUAGCAUAUGUCUCUGCUCGUUCACUUGAAGACAUUUCACGUGAUUAAUAUGGAGUCUGAUGUUGCUCUAUUCAAAUGUGAUUUCUUGUUUGAAUUACUGGCCAAUCAGCUCUGUUGCAGGACCGGACAAAUCUUGUUCAUCAGACUGUGCAAACACUGGCCAACACCUGAAAAUUAAUCAUAAUUUGUAUACACUGCUAUUGAGUGUUUUUUUUUUUAACUAAAAAAAUUAAAACUAAUAACACUCAAAGCAGAGCAAUGUUGAGACUGAAGGCAUUUCCAAAUGAUUGACUCAGCAUAAAUUGCACAAAGUGUUAACACUGACUGAUGUUUUUGUCAUCGACUGAAGCUGUGAAGGGAAGCCUCGAUCAGACUACAGACAUUUUAACAUCCUAACCAAUUUUUAAAUCGGGUUACAUCACACACAUCAGAAGGAUCUUCACAGAUGUUCUCUUUACUCUCAAACAUGCACACACUUCAAGAUUUGAAAAUAAUGGCGCAUCACACCCUACAGAAUAUUAUCAAGAUUAUUGCACCAGCGGGAGCAAUACACCCCCAAACCCCCCCCACCCCUCCCUUUCCCUCUCUCCUUCUCCCCCUCCCUCCCUCUCCUUUUCUCUC